AGUGAUUUAAGUCUAAAACGACCAAGCUUAUAUUGCUUGAUUCACUUCUAGAAGAGAAUAUAUUUUUUCUCUUAAAAUGUCUACAUAUCAAGAAAGAGUAAAAGAAUUUGAUCUACUUCUGGACUCCGAAGCAUCAAUUGAUAUGAAAUCACUGAAGAAAAAGUGUUUUAGAGGUAUUCCGGAAGGUCGAAGCCGGAGAUCAAUUGCUUGGAGAAUAUUAUUAGGUGAAUAUUUCAGGGAUGUAUUGAAGACUGGAAUAAAGGAAACAGUAGAGAAUAAACUUGCAUUUGAUCCUGAUUUUCACACUGAGCUAACUAUCAAAGAUGAAUUCAAGGAUUUAGAUUCAGUGAUAGAUGAAAUGAUUCUAUCGAAUCCUGAAACGAACUCUCCAGUGAGAGAAGAUCAUCCCCUCAACCCCAAUCCCAAUUCAAGUUGGCAGAACUUUUUCAAGGACAAUGAGGUGCUACUACAGAUAGAUAAAGAUGUUAGAAGGCUUUGUCCUGAUAUUUCGUUUUUUUCCCAGGCAAGUGAAUAUCCCAACCCUGUGAUGGCAGAGAAAGGGUUUGACCGGCUUCAUCAACGUGUUACACAGGCACAAUUAGAAGUUGAGUCUAGUCAACGGAAGGGAAUUGGACCAAGCAUAAUGGCCGCAAAACCCAAGAAAAUGGAUAUAGAAGACUAUGCUCCUUUGAGUGCUGGGAUGGAAGCGCACUGGGAGGUUGUAGAGAGAAUACUGUUCCUAUACGCUAAACUCAAUCCUGGACAAGGAAAAUUAUUUAAACCAUGUUUACAGAUUUACAUCUUUAAAUUUGUUAUUUCUUUAAUCAUUUAUUUUACUUAUUGCUCAUGUUUAGAAAAUGCUGAGGCUGACUGUUUCUUCUGUUUCACGAACCUAAUGUCCGACAUCAGGGACUUCUUUAUCAAGAGCUUGGACGAUUCUCCGACAGGAAUCAGGAUGAUGAUGUUAAAGUUGAACUCCGAGCUGGAGAGCUCGGACUGGGAGGUUUUCACACGGUUGGACUCACAGGGAAUCAAAAUGCAAUUUUUUGCUUUCAGGUGGAUUUCCUUGAUGCUAUCCCAGGAGUUUCCUUUGCCUGAGGUCCUCACAAUCUGGGAUGCAUUGCUCACUGAUGAUUCAAGGUGUGAUUUGCUGAUUGCUGUGUGUCGGAGUAUGUUAAAGCAAGUUAGAACACAAUUGCUGAGCAAUGAUUUUUCUUCCAAUGUGAAACUGCUCCAGAACUACCCAAGCAUUGAUGUACGAAUAAUACUGGACGAUGUAUCUGAGAAGUUCAAAUGAUCCUUGCGCUCUUUUGACGCACCCACAAGUACAUUCCUUGCUUCCAAUG